AUGGAUCGGCUCACCGCUCUCGCCAUCGCCGUCCUCUGCCUCGCCCUCUCCUCCGCUGCUGCCCAGUCGCCGGCCUCCUCACCAACAGCUACCCCUCCCACCUCCUCCUCCACCUCCGCGGCCCCCGCCAAACACACCACCCCCGUCCCCGUCGCAGCCCCCGCUGCUUCCCCCACCAAGUCCACCGCCCCCGCCCCCGCCGUUCCGUCACCCUUCACAUCCACUCCCCCAGCUCCAGUAGCUGCACCCCUCUCCUCCCCUCCCACCGCCUCCGUUCCCUCUGCGUCUCCUCCCACCGCGUCCCCUCCUUCCGACGCUGUCCCUCCGCCCACGCCUGUCCCCCUCAGCUCACCACCUAGCCCUCCACCUGCAUUGCCUCCCCCCGAGCCGGCAACGGCCCCUCCGAAACCCGCCGAGGUCCCGGCGGCGUCACCACCGAAACCGAAAAAGAAGGGCGUCACCCCGGCCUCGUCGCCAGUAGCAACCACAACGCCGUCGACACCAGCUUCGUCCCCAUCUUCCGAGGCCGCCUCCCCCGGCCCCAGUGGUUCUGCUGCUGACACGAGCGGAGCAGCGAGCGGCGUGGGGAAGAUGAUGAGCUCGGUGGCGGUGCUGGCCGUUGCCAUUUUGGUCAUUUAGACUAUAUAUGACAUGACCUGAUAUGAUAUGUUUCGCGUUUAAUAGGGUUAGAGUUUAUUUUUAGUCGUUAUUUGUCGUGUCACCAAAGUAUCCCCGUUGUGAUGGACCUGUUUUGGUCACCCGUGUUAGAUGUUUGGCUCACUUGAUUGAAUGGGCUCUCUCUCCUUGGGUAGGAGAACAUGCUUGAUUCUUUGUUUUGAGAGGAGGGGACUCUGUUGGAGAUUGAUUGUUCUGCUUGACAUGAUCAUUUGGAUCCAUUUACUUACACCUGCUA